AUGGCUAGUGAGUGUAUAUCCAUUCACAUCGGUCAGGCAGGAGUGCAGAUCGGUAAUAGUUGCUGGGAGCUCUACUGCCUGGAACACGGCAUUCAGGCCGAUGGAACCAUACCGGGCGAGGCCGUGGCUGGCAGAUCGGACGAUUCCUCCAAAACGUUCUUCAUCGAGACGCAGGCUGGAAAGCAUGUCCCCAGGGCUAUUUUCGUGGACCUAGAGCCCACAGUCGUGGAUGAAGUCAGGAAUGGAAGUUAUCGGCGAUUGUACCACCCCGAUCACCUCAUCUCGGGCAAGGAAGAUGCAGCCAACAACUACGCGCGAGGACACUAUACGGUCGGGACAGAGCUCAUCGACGUAGUCCUCGAGCGCAUCCGUAAACUGACCGAGCAGACCUGUGGUCGUCAGGCAUUCAUGAUCUUCCGCAGCUUUGGCGGGGGAACUGGUUCCGGCUUCACCUCUCUACUGAUGGAGCGCAUGUCCGUGGAGUACAGCAGGAAGUCCAAGCUGGAGUUCUCCAUCUACCCGGCGCCCCAGGUGUCCACGGCCGUGGUGGAGCCCUACAACUCCAUCCUGACCACCCACAGCACCCUGGAGCACUCCGACUGCGCCUUCAUGGUCGACAACGAGGCCAUCUACGACAUCUACCAGCGCAACCUGGACGUCGAGCGCCCCACCUACACCAACCUGAACCGGCUCGUGGCCCAGAUCGUCUCCUCCAUCACCGCCUCGCUGCGCUUCGACGGGGCGCUGAACGUGGACCUGACGGAGUUCCAGACCAACCUGGUGCCCUACCCCCGCAUCCACUUCCCCCUGGUCGCCUACGCGCCCAUAAUCUCCGCCGAGAAGGCCUACCACGAGCAGAUGAACGUGGCCGAGAUCACCAACUCCUGCUUCCACCCGGCCAAUCAGAUGGUGAAGUGCGACCCGCGCCACGGGAAGUACAUGGCCUGCUGCCUGCUGUACCGCGGCGACGUGGUGCACAAAGACGUCAACGACGCCAUCAGCAGCAUCAAAACCAAGCGCAUCGUGCAGUUUGUGGACUGGUGCCCCACCGGCUUCAAGGUUGGGAUGAACUACCAGCCGCCCACCACGGUUCCCGGGGGCGACCUGGCCAAGGUGCAGCGGGCCGUGUGCAUGCUGAGCAACACCACGGCCAUCGCCGAGGCCUGGGCCCGCCUGGACCACAAGUUCGACCUGAUGUUCGCCAAGCGCGCCUUCGUGCACUGGUACGUGGGGGAGGGCAUGGAGGAGGGGGAGUUCGCCGAGGCGCGGGAGGACCUGGCCGCCCUGGAGAAGGACUACGAGGAGGUGGCCACUGAUUUUGUGGAGUACGAGCGGGAGGAAGGAGAGGAAGAGUAUUAA